UGAGGAAAACGAUACAGUCUCUAAAGAAGACUUUCCAUUGGAGGAAAGCUUUUCUGCAGAGUUUGAACCUGAAAAUCUGAGCUGUGAAGAAGUGGAAUACUUUUGUAAUAAAGGCAAUGGAGAAGGCAUCCAAGAGACAGCAGAAUCAGACGGUGAUGCAAGGGCAGAGAAACCUGGGCAACUUGCUGUGGAGACAGAAGACUGGGAUGGGCCAGGAGAGUUGGAGAUGUUCCAGAAAGACGGCGAGCGCAGGAUUCAGAGCCGGCAGCAGCUUCCGGUCGGAACGACAUGGGGGCCCUUUGCUGGGAAGAUGGAUCUGAAUAAUAACACCUUGAAAACAAAGGCUGCAGUCCCUAUGGUCCUGACGGCUGGCCCCAAGUGGUUGCUGGAUGUGACUUGGCAAGGAGUAGAAGACAACAAAAACAACUGCAUUGUGUACAGCAAAGAAAGCCAACACAUUCAUUUUGCAACCUGAAACACCUGCAGUACUAGAGAACUGGGCUCAUAUCUAAAAAGGGCUGAGCUGCCCUUCCUUUGCAGGUUUCUGAUUGCUACCCAAGUGAAAGAAGUUGCAAAGUGCUCUGACUAUAAUAUUGUGAGGCUUCUCUUCAUGGAUCCCGAAGUGCAAUUUGCUAUUCAUGGUACUGAAUACAUUUCAUAGGCAAACUUUUCCAUAACUUUCUUUUUAAUGUAAUGAGAAACUACUUUCACGCCAAAAAACAGUUUCUGAAAAUUCCCAUAGGAUGAUGUCAUAUCAAGUAUUAUAUUCUYGCUGUAAUUAUAAUAAAACUUAGCACAUAUAUACCAAUAAGACUUUUCAUCUUCAAAGUACUUUAGAAACACUGACUAAUUCAUUACAGUUUCAGUGCUAUCUGGUGAUUGAAUCUAUUGAGAUAUGAACUUUUUUUCAAACACUAAAAACUGUCUUCUGUUUGGCACAAUCUAACUGGAAUAAAAUGUUAUUCUUUAYAUUCAAAUAGGCUGCUUUUUGUUGUACUAAUGAUGCUUGGUAUUUUAGUCCUUGGUAACAAAGUAUUGUGUGAUAAUUGUAUAGCAGUCGAGAUAAUUUCUCAUACCUAUGCUACAUAACGUAGAUGCAUAUUAUAGCUGAACUGAACAAUCAUGAUAAAUACAUAUUAAAUACCUGCAACUUCACUAAAACAAUAUGGGAAGUAAGUUGCA